AUGAGAUGGCGACGCGCCCCGCGCCGCUCCGGGCGUCCCGGCCCCCGGGCCCAGCGCCCCGGCUCCGCCGCCCGCUCGUCGCCGCCGCUGCCGCUGCUGCCACUACUGCUGCUGCUGGGGACCGCGGCCCUGGCGCCGGGGGCGGCGGCCGGCGACGAGGCGGCUCCCGCGGGGGCCUCGGUGUGCUACUCGUCCCCGCCCAGCGUGGGAUCGGUGCAGGAGCUAGCUCAGCGCGCCGCGGUGGUGAUCGAGGGAAAGGUGCACCCGCAGCGGCGGCAGCAGGGGGCACUCGACAGGAAGGCGGCGGCGGCGGCGGGCGAGGCAGGGGCGUGGGGCGGCGAUCGCGAGCCGCCAGCCGCGGGCCCACGGGCGCUGGGGCCGCCCGCCGAGGAGCCGCUGCUCGCCGCCAACGGGACCGUGCCCUCCUGGCCCACCGCCCCGGUGCCCAGCGCCGGCGAGCCCGGGGAGGAGGCGCCCUAUCUGGUGAAGGUGCACCAGGUGUGGGCGGUGAAAGCCGGGGGCUUGAAGAAGGACUCGCUGCUCACCGUGCGCCUGGGGACCUGGGGCCACCCCGCCUUCCCCUCCUGCGGGAGGCUCAAGGAGGACAGCAGGUACAUCUUCUUCAUGGAGCCCGACGCCAACAGCACCAGCCGCGCGCCGGCCGCCUUCCGAGCCUCUUUCCCCCCUCUGGAGACGGGCCGGAACCUCAAGAAGGAGGUCAGCCGGGUGCUGUGCAAGCGGUGCGGAAACCAGAAGUGAUGGCAACCCAGCCUCAACUAUGUAAAGGACAACAAGGCCUUCAGGGAUGGCUAACCAUGAGAUGGAGGGAACCUGGGUCCC